UUGUUGUUGUUAUUUGUGUAUAGAUAUCAGUUUGAACAAGAAAACAUUGUCCAAAAUAAUGUAUUUUCCCGUAAUGCUUUAACCUAUUCUCUCAGGUCACAAAUAAGUAUGAAGUAUUCUUUUUUUCUUUGCCAUCAGCCGAAAUAAGAAUAAUUUGCCUUGAAAUAAAACCACGGGAUUAUGGAUUUCUCCAUAAUGUCAUUAUGUAGGGGCCGGUGUUAGCUACAAUCCACGACAAAAGUCCUUGGCACACCUGGAUCUGAUAGCACGAAAAUGCGUUGGCAAGUUAUUUUUAGGACAAUACCCAAUGACAUCAUUAGCAUAGGGAACCCACUUCCUCCCCGACAUUGUUGUAAGCGGGCAAUGACGACUUCAUUGCGAUAAACAACAUUGAUUUGGGGGGAAGGGGAUAAACUGAUAAAUUUCCCUGACAGAUAUUGCAAAAGUGGGAAGGUGUGUCAAGACUUUUGUCGGAGAUUGUAGGUGAUGCGUCAACUCUAGCUCCGACAAGUGAGGAUGGUGAUCACGGGUUCCCCAGUCAAUCAGGUGCCUCUGAAGCCUAUAGCACAAAGAAGAGACGACACCAAACUCCAGAUUAAAUCGCCUGUGAGACAAAGGUCUUUCGCCUUCGACUGCUUUCUCGGAGAAAAAAAACUCAAUCCUGCGUUCAGUUCCUUUCGCAUGUCUUCAACGAUCUCUUCAAACUCUUCAACGUUCAACUUCCUCGAGGACAUCACGGGAAUGACUGCGCUCCUUUUAUAGUCUGAGGCCAGACCCCACUUUCACUGAGCGGCAGUAAUUUUCCGAUCGCGCCGACCAAUCAUAAACCAGUUGCAUCAUCUCACAUCACAUGCAACACCUUACAAGGACAUGGUCUGAUUCUCAUACCAUUCCCCUGAUUGGUGCUUGCAAAAACAUAUGAUCGAGCAACAUGUAACACUGAUCAUUUAUUCUCAGAGUUCAACCGAAGUCAUGUCUUCCUCAGCCUUCGUCAAUCCCUUGCAUCCGAACGCAACACCGCCCAUAGAUCCCGAGGACCCGCGUAUCGUCCAUCCAACGGGUAAAUUUGGACCAGAGAGUCACCUCGACUUGGGAACUUGGUCACCCGCCAAGUAUCCAAGUUUCAAAGAAUCGCCCAAGCGAAAAGCCAAGAACCAAGAUGACAACAGUAAAAAGAAGAAGUAAAAGUCCAACUUAAAACUGAAUUUAAGAAGAACCUAUCGUUUGCGCCGAAUAAGAAAAUUACCUUUACAGUCUCUUAAUAUGCAGUAUUUAAAAGCGUUCUCCGGAAUGACCGCUCAGGGUGGCGUUGCGUUCAGUAGAUUUGCUGCUCAUGCGCAACACUGCAGAAUAUUCUCGGAGAACUUUGGAUGGUCGAAUUACAAAAACAUCCUGUCUUUCUUGGAAUCGGACUAGACGCCCCUUAUAUAAUAAUGAAAGGUUAUCAGAUAACGAACGAUCAGGAAAUGUUUAACGCGGCCAAGCGUAAUACCGACCAAAAACAUCAAAUACCCCAAAAAUCAACAACAACAUAAACGAAAGCAAUUAACAAAGUAUUGGUACUUUUGAUAAGGUCCUUUGGAACAGAGUAUAUAAACUGUAAAAAAUAUACUUUAGCUUCAAGAUUAGUUUACCUUCAGCCGCGAUUCUUAGAAUCAACAAGGUCAAGUCACGCGUUUCGUGUUCUACUUUUCUUAGAACGGAAGAGCAAAACAGGUAGAUCAUUUACUUGGUAACCGGUAACGCAAUCUACUUCCUAAUUUCAGGGGAAAACGUGCUUAUAGCAACAGACCGAGAUCUUCGCUCUGCGAAUAUGUUGGCACUGAUCUGCUAUUUAACACGAGUUAUACUGUGUGAGCUCAAAAUGGACAAAAACAAACGGAAAGCAACGAAAAUGCAACGUGAUGGGACAUUUCAGGAGUUCCGAGAUCUACUCAACAAAACAUUAGAUAAAAACCGAAAUCCGCGUGCAUGUAACUUAAGAAAAAGCACUGAAAACGCAUAUCAAGAAAUGCGAGGAUAUGCUUCACAGCCUACAAUUGCAAGACAGAGAAAAGACGGAAGAGCAGGAAUUGCCUGAAGAUGGCCAGCAACACUCAACUUUCAUGGAAAGCAAGGGUGAAAACACUAAAACAUCUACACUUGGCGUGUAAGCCCGUCCUGAUCACCAUGUACAUAAGUGAGAGGCCAUCAGCGGAAGAAGUUGAAGGAAGUGAAUCUGGCUCAAAGGAGAUCAAGGUUGAUGACAAAAAGAAUGUUGAGGACAAAGUCGAAGCAGCUGAUUCAAGACCUGUAAGAUAUUUAGAGGAAGAACUGAGAGAGUGUAAAAGAGAUCUUGAAGCAAAAGAAAGGGAAAUUGAGUCACUAAUGAGAAGAGUGGCACAUUACAGUGACAUGCGAACCAAGCAGGAUCAACGACAUAUUGAAGAAACCCUCAGUUUAAACAGACAGUCCAGGGUGGAACAGGAGUUUAAGGCUUUUAUAAGUCAUGAGCGUAUUGAUACCUGCAUGAUGAUCCAAAAGGCAUACGGGGAGAAAACGGAUAUAACUGCCAAAAGAUUUACCUCUAUGAUGAUAGAGGUAGUUUACGAAUAUAUUUUGUCCAUGAAAGCAGCCAUGACUGACGCCUUCAAAGAAAUAUCGAAAUUUGUAGUGGACCAAGGUCCAAAAAUCGACUAUUAUUGCUUUAAGCAAAAGCGACAGAGAACCGAUGAACCAACCACUAUUAAAGUUCCUUUAUGUUGGAGGGGAUCGGAAUAUCCCAGGGAUGUCGUAGAUGGGUUGUUGCUGGCUAUCAAAGAAUUGGCCCCAAAGAUCGACACUGAUAUUUUCCUUAUGGACGUCAAGCAUGAAAUCCUCAGCAUGAAAUCCUCAGAGCGGUCUUGCAACCUUACUCCAACAGGGAAAUUACUAGACGCCCUGGAUGAUUACUUGAAGGCUUGCAUCAAGUUGACGUGGCGAAUGGUCACUCAAGUUCUACCACUGAGGCUUGAAUAUCAAACCUUCACUUACAAGAGAGAGUGUCACAAAAUCUUGGAAUCCCAGGAAGAUGCACUCGAUGCCAGAUGCCAGGAUCAAAAGGUUUAUUAUCUGUGGCCUGGUCUGAUGGAUGGAGGAGGAAGAAUCAUUAUUAAAGGCGAAGUUGCUCUAGAAUAGUAGAAUUAACUUCACACAUGCAUGUUGCUUAAUAUUCGUACACGACUUUUUAGGACUCAGAAUGUAGUGAAGACUAUUUAUAACCAUAUCGGGCCGACAGGUUCAAAAGAAUGCCAUUAUAAUUGUGUUUUGGUGACAUCAUUUUUUUGUAGUCAAUGUUAGGAACUGAUUUGUACAUUGCGACAGGCGAGGGCACUUGUUUCGAUGUCACUUAUAAUCUCUUUAGCAACAAUGAAAAAUAAUUGACCUGACAUUUUAAUAACAAUUAAGGGUAGUUAUCUUGGAUGCCCAUAACUAUUGGAAAACACUUGAGUGAUACAAUACUUAAUCUCUCGCUGGAGAAACUCUGGGCGCUAGUGCAUUGCGCACUGCUUUUUUUCUAGUCAGGACGUCACAACAUAGCUAGUUUACUGCAAUAAUGAGAUUUAAAGAAUUAAAAUUUGUACAUUUUGCAAUUUUUAGUAAAUUAGUGCAACCAGCGGUUUACAGUAUAUUCCUGUUUUAAUAACUAUUUAGACACCUUUGUUAAUAUUACAAUAUACUUUUAAAGUUGGUACGGUUUGUCUCCGAGAAAUCAAGUCGAGCUAUCUUGCAAGUGAAAUGACUGAUUUAUCUCUAACCUGACAUUACGGUAAAGUUUACAAGCUCGUUUUUGUAGCCAGUUGGAUUCGUUUUACAUAAGUGUGUCUGUUGUAAGGUAUUAUUGAUUAAACUUAACAAAUAUUC